CGCGGAAAUCUUAAAAUUUUGUUUUGCGUAUUAUAGAUAUCCAAAGCAUGGACCCUUCAACAGCCUACAACUCAGUGCCAGGCUCUAGUAAUCUUCUCCUGGAGGCUCUUGGUACAAGCAACCCCCUAAAUGCUACAGCCCCAAUGUUCAAUGAGAUGCAAGCGAUGCGUGCCCUCAAGGAGCAACAGAAGCCGCAAGUGUUGUUAGAGAGACAGAUAGGGCAAACUGUAGAAGAGGGAGAUGAUAUUGAGAAGAUUGCACAAGAGAGUGUGGAGGCUAAGUUAAGUGAUGAAGUGUUUUCUAACUACCGUCAUAGUGCAAUACUCGAAGGUGCCCAACCUCAUCCAGGAGAUAUCGUGGAGGCAGGCAUGCUUGCUGAUUUGGAUCUCCCUAACCCUACAUACCCUUUACAGGAUUCACUUCCACCAACUCUAGUAUCGGAGGGAAAGCUAAGCAGUUUACAGUUAGAGGGAAUACUUUAUGCUUGUCAACGUCAUCAGCUUAUCUUAGCCAACCAGACAAGAGCUGGAUUCUUUAUUGGGGAUGGAGCAGGUGUCGGGAAAGGACGUCAAGUAGCAGGAAUAGUCCUAGAUAACUUCGCUAGAGGGCGCACUAAGCAUAUUUGGUUCAGUAUUUCUACGGAUCUAAUUGUAGAUGCAAGGAGAGAUCUUGAGGAUAUAGGAUGCUAUGUAAAAGUGAUAGAAGGUUGUCAACAGCUAGACAAGGAAACCAGAGCACUAGGGUUGCCGUCAGACUUCAAAGAUGGGGUAAUCUUCAGCACAUACGCCACACUAGUCUCAUCAACACAGAAAGGAGGUUUCUUUGGGUCUGCUAAACAGAGCAGACUGCAACAGUUGGUGAAAUGGUGUGGAGGGGAAAACUUUGAAGGUUGUCUCAUAUUUGACGAGUGCCACAAAGCUAAGAACUUUGUACCUGGUAAAGAACAGAGUAGCACAAAGGUGGCGCUGGCUGUGGCUUCGAUACAAAGGAUCCUACCUAAAGCAAGGGUUGUUUACUGCAGUGCGACUGGUGUUACUGAUGUCAAAAAUAUGGCAUUCAUGGAGAGACUGGGAUUAUGGGGUGAAGGCGCACCCUUUAAAUCAUUUGAACAGUUCCUUGAUUCUGUACAUAGGAAAGGUUUAGGUAUUGCUGAGAUGCUUGCUAUGGAGAUGAAAUCAUCGGGGAUGUAUGUAUCUAGAGGCCUAAGCUUCAGACAAGCCGAGUUUUGCACUAUUGAAGCCGAGUUAACGAAGGAUCAGAUAAAGAUGUACGACACAGCAGCUCAUGUAUGGAAUGAGACAAGGAAAGCUUUAGAGAGUGCAAUUAGCAGAACUGCAACAACCAAUAACAGAAUCUGGGCAUCAUACUGGGGUUGCCAUCAGAGGUUCUUCAAACAGAUGUGCAUGGGCAUGAAAGUGCCUGCCAUUGUGAAAGAGGCUAAAGAAGCACUUAAUGCUGGACAUAGUGUAGUCAUAGGUCUCCAGACAACGGGAGAGGCCAGCAUGGAGAGUGAACUUAACAAGGGAGUUGGAGCAGUCCAAGGUUUCAUCUCACUGUGUCGAGAAAUCUUAUCUAGAUUUAUAGAACAACACUUUCCCACAGUCAUAGCUGUUGUUCCCAAUUCAAUGUCCGCAGUGAAUGAAGUCAAGGAAGAUGAUUGGAGCGUUACAGCAAAGACAAUGCUGCUUGAUUUUGCCAAGAAGAUAGAUCUUCCAAACAGUCCAUUGGAUGACAUCACUGACCAAUUAGGUGGACCAGAGGCAGUGGCAGAGAUGACAGGACGCAGGGGAAGAAUUGUACGACACAAUCCAGGUGAUGUCCCAGCAUAUGAGUUGAGAGCCUCAGAUAAUCUUGCAGGCUUAGAAAGUCUCAAUGUAAAAGAGAGGAAUCUGUUCAUGUCAGGAAAGAAACUGGUUGCCAUAAUAUCAGAUGCAGCAAGCACAGGUAUAUCCCUGCAUACAGACCUAAGAGUGGCCAACCAAUGUAGAAGAGUACAUAUCACAUUAGAACUCCCAUGGUCAGCUGAUAAAGCUGUUCAACAGAUGGGAAGAUCACAUAGGUCCAACCAGUCAAGUGGUCCUUUGUACAAACUGCUGACAACAAAUCUUGGAGGAGAGAGAAGGUUUGCCUCUGCUGUGGCAAGACGCUUGCAGUCUUUAGGUGCAAUAACCAAGGGUGAUAGAAGAGCUGCUACAGGAGCUGAUCUGACUGAGUUUAACUUUGAUACACCUUAUGGUAGAUCUGCAUUGAGAGCUAUGUACCAUGCAGUAAUACACAAGGACCAUAUUCAGGGUGUUAACAUAGAUGAGUUGAUGGGAACAGCAUACGACUUUGACUCUUUCAAUGAGAUGUUACAACAAUGUCUUGUACUCAUGGGAAUCAUUGAAAUGGAAACAAUCAGGUUUGGAGGAGGUAUGAAGAAAGAAGACAAUGGAGAUGUGGGUAAAUUUCUCAACAGAAUUCUUGGUCUCAGUGUUACCAAACAGAACUUGAUAUUCCAGUAUUUUAGUGCUUGCCUUGAACAUCAAAUAGAAAGUGCCAAACGAGAAGGAAGAUACAAUGAGGGUCUGUUAGACAUCAGUGCUACGUCCAUUGAGAUUAUUGGUGAACCUAAAGAAGUAUUCAAGAAAGCAAACAAAGGCACAAAUAUCACACAGCAUGUUGUCUUAAAUGUUGAUCGUGGAAUGUCUUGGGACUCUGCACUAACCAGACUAGCCAAUCACGGUGCAGCGGGAGAUGGGUUUUAUGAAUCUCGACGUGCUAGAGAGGGUAAAAGAUGGUACUUGUUAGCAACACGCAAGGAAAACUCGCACCAUUCGUUCACUAUAGCCAGACCAAACACUGGGGUAUCCAGCUUUGAGGAAAAUGAAGCAGAUUUGACACAGAAGUACACAAAGAUAUCCCAAGAAAAAGCAGAAAGCCAUUGGAAUGAGUUGUACCAACAAACUGAGAGCCAUUGUAUACACGGCCAUGGGUGUAAGACAGGUCCCGCUUGCACAGUUGGAAGUAGGUGUUACAGAUUACAUCUUCUAGUAGGGGGAACAGUUACCAUGAUGUCGUUACUUGAGACUACUAUGGCCAGGCAUCAGGAUAAGCUCCAACUCAGUAAAGCAGAGUGUAAUCUACGUGUUGUACGGGUACAGCUGAACGAUGGAAAAAAGAUUAUUGGUAUUCGCUACCCAGAGCUACUCAUACCGCUAGUGGAGAAGGCGAUUGAGGAACAAAAGAUACUGGAACAAAUGCAAAAACAGCAAUAUAGGCAAACUGUACUGGCUAAUGGGAUGGUUGUCCAAAUACCUAUCCCUGAGACAUCUACCUCAGAUCAAUCUCCUGCAGCCUUCAGGCAGACUGUAGUGGAACCUGUAGCUGAUGUUAAACCAAGGUGCCUUAAAAAUGCGAUCACACCGCCAUUGACACUGAAGAACUUCUUCAAAUCAACAGGGAAAAAAUCAACAAGCUUUAACAAAAUCUCUUCAGAGAGCUCUUCAGAGGGAGAGACUCAAAGCAACUCUUCAAAUGCGGAGGUUCUGAACUAUACAAAUAAAGGAGAACAAUCUCAAUCUGAAUCUCCAGGCAAGGAGAAUGAUACUUGUAACACAUUCGACAGUUCUCAAGUGAAGCGCAUUACCGAUUCCCCUUCAUUAGUGACAUCCAAUAAAAAACGUCAGCAACCGACUCACUCGCAAUUGGGAAACCCUACUAAAAGGCCAAAGGUACAGAACAGCAUUUUGGCAGCAUUUGCCAAACAGACUAGUCAACCCAAGCCAAAGGUACAGAACAGCAUUAUGGCAGCAUUUGCCAAACAGGCAAAUCAAUCUGACGAAAAAGCCAAGAAACAACUAGAAUGUCCUAUAUGCCAGAAACCAUUUGAACUUGGAACUAACAAUAAGGUUAUGAAUGA